UCCUUGCUUAGCAACACCACCAGGUCCACAAAGACACCGCGCACGUGUUCUUCUAAUCUUCUCUCUACUGCUCCAACAACCCUCUCAAAGCAAACAUCAUUGUAACGCUCGGCUCCUGCUCACUGAUCGUCACUACAACUUCUCCCAGCAGCAGGGGGCAGCAAUGAUGUAACAGUGGCUACUGUCUACCGGAAAUGUAAAGCUGUAGAAGAAGAACGCAGCCAUCUCCCGUAAAUGUGCUAACUUACGCGGAAGCAGCAGAGUGUGCUAACUGGUUGCAUUAAUUCUACAAACAGGCACAUUUACCUGCUCUAAAAGUUUUCAGGCUUGGAUCCGAAGUCCUGUGCCAUUUUUCUUUUCCUUGAGCCCAUCAUUUACUUCUAUCACGGCUUCAUCCCUUCUUUAAAGCUUUAUUCUUGUGUAAAUUAAGGAAUUGUCUGCGGAUGGACUAAGUUUUGGAUUGGGACUAGGAAUAUGAUUAAGGACCACUUCCACAGCUAUUUGUGAAAGCAAGAAGUGAUCUCUAAAAGUCUGCAGGUGCCCCCCUUCUUUUGUGUCAGCAGUGUCGCCUACUCAGCCAACAUGUCUGAUGGCCGGAUCUAUGUGGGGAAUCUUCCCAUGGAUGUCCAGGAGAGAGACAUUGAGGAUCUCUUCUACAAAUAUGGAAAAAUUCGUGAAAUAGAAUUGAAGAACAAUAGAGGCACUAUCCCUUUUGCCUUCGUCCGAUUUGAAGACCCACGGGAUGCAGAUGAUGCGGUCUAUGGAAGGAAUGGAUAUGGAUAUGGGGACUCCAAGCUGCGUGUGGAGUAUCCCCGUUCUAAACCUGGCCCAAUGGGAGGUGGUGGAGGAGCACCUAGAGGAAGGUUUGGACCCCCAACUCGAAGAUCUGAAUUCCGGGUCAUAGUGUCUGGACUGCCACCAUCUGGAAGCUGGCAGGAUCUGAAGGAUCACAUGCGGGAAGCAGGAGAUGUCUGUUUUGCAGAUGUGCAGCGUGACGGAGAGGGUGUAGUGGAAUUUCUUCGUAGAGAGGACAUGGAGUAUGCACUGCGUAGAUUGGAUGGGACAGAGUUCCGUUCACAUCAGGGGGAGACGGCUUAUAUCCGUGUGUAUGAGGAAAGAGGUACUCCCAACUGGGAUCGAUCACGAUCCCGUUCCAGAUCCAGAGGUCGCUAUUCUCCUUACUAUAACAGAAGAUCUCCCCCUGCGCGCUACCAGUCGCCCCCACGCCAUGCUAUGUCACGGCAUAGCCCACCUCCGAGAAGACACCUUCCGCCACACCACAGCCCACCACCUCGUCAUUAUCGGUAGAAAGUCGCAUCAUUUAGAGGAAUUGGAUGAUUAUUUUUUUGUGGUUUGUUUUUGUAAUUCUACAUUUUAUUUUAUUUUGUUUUUGUUUUGUUUUUUAAAAACCUCAGGCCUCCUCAUAGCACACACCAUUUUUAUUUCUUGAUUAAAAACAUUCCAUGGUCAGGAACCCCUGAACAACCUGCUCCUCCCCACAGUCUUGUUUUUUGGGGGAGUUUUUUUGUUUGUUAAACACCCAUACGUUAUCCGGAAACAGAAUUAUGUGUUAACUUUUUGUGAGAUAACCAUUUGACCAUUAUGUAACAUAUUGGAGGUUUCUUUUAUAAAGAAAUUCGGGAGUGCGAUGUCAAACAUUUAAAACAAAGUACACAUUUCUGCAGUCCUGCUUCUUGAAUUGACGUAAUUUUAUUUUUCAUGUGUCACAUCUUAGUAGCUUUAAGUAUGAAAGGGUGCGUUUUCUGUUUGGCCAAACCAAGAACCCAUAAAACUAAUCAGUAUAGUAAAAUUAGUGAACCCUUUUAGUGUAACACGUUGACUGUGAGACUUAAUUGUCCUUUGGGUUUGUUUUCGGGUUUUUCUUUGUACGUGUAGGCCGCUGACCGAGGUGGUCUAAAUGUAGAUUAUAAUUUGUAUGCAUCUCUAUCGUUUUUGGGUUUUUUUCUUUACCAAUAAAAUGCAAACUUUUACUGUGA